GUGGCCGCCAUUUUGUUCCAUGUGUUUAUCAACGCCCGCAUAUCAGACAGCGGAAGUUCACCAUAGUAGCUACGUCAUCAUUUUCAAUAUGGCGGCUAAGACUUUCAGUUUUGGACGAAUUCUUCUUCAGCCUUCUGUGGUGUUUUUCCGCUCCAGAUUGUCCAUAGCAUUUGUAAAUAGAAAACCAGUCCUCCCAGGACAUGUCCUUGUGUCUCCCAUUCGCGUUGUUAAGAGAUUUUGUGACUUAACAGAGGAAGAAGUUGCGGACCUGUUUACGAGCACGCAAAAGAUCGCGCGACUUAUUGAGAAGGAAUACGGCGCUACUUCUCUUUCGAUAGCGAUCCAAGACGGACCUGAAGCAGGACAGACAGUUGAACAUGUGCACGUUCAUGUAUUGCCAAGAAAGAAAGGUGAUUUUGAACACAACGAUGAUGUCUACAAAGCGCUCGAUGAACACGACAAACAGCAGAUUGAGCAAGAAAGUUCCAACAGGCACAAGGGAUUUAGAAGUGAGGAAGACAUGUCGAAAGAAGCAGCUCGUCUAGCUAGUUUAUUGUAAACGUCAUUUUUCAAAUGCUGUAAUUCUAAAAUGAUGGAAGUGUAUGUGAAUCUGGAGGUGAUAAGAAUGCAUGCAGACUCAGCGUGCUCUCUUAGUUCCGUGAUCAAUCUUUACUUACCUUACCUUGUGGAAGUCACGGUUGUUGUAUCGGAUGGUAGAAUCACGACAAGUGAGAUUAGAGGAAGUGCUGGUAUGAAACCGUUGAGUUUGGAAACUGGAAUAAAUUGUUAAAUGUUAGGUCAGUUAAUAAAAGUACCAAAUAUGGACUUGAAAUAU